UGUGCGGGAAAAGCGAACGUUAGACCAAAAAUGUUUUUAAUGGAAAACACAAUGUCUACGAGCGAGCUUAGGAUAUAGCUCACAUACAACCUAAAAAAAUACCCACAGACAGAGUUAACGCAUCUAAACAAAGAAGAAUGACCAUGGACUUUUCCCAGCUGCACACAUACACACCUCCACAGUGUGCUCCAGAGAACACCGGCUACACGUACUCUCUCAGAUGUGGUCAGCACCUUAUCAGGAAAGUGUGUGCAUGUGGAGGAAUGUCGUCGUCUCCAGAGCUGUCACCUUACUUUGCCAGAAGCUGUUAAACCACAGAAAGGCAUUUGGUUCAAGUUACUCAACUGCAGCAUUAGAGUUUGAGAAAGAGCACCAGAUUUCUCCUGUGUACGAGUCGCCUAAGAUGUUACGGCGGAGCCUCCGACUGCAGAACAGCGGCAGUCAUUACAACACCGAGAGUGUAACUGAUUACUCCCUGAACCAUGGCAGCAGUUACAUCGACACCAGGAAAGAGUCGCGGACGCCGCGAAACAGAAAGCAGAAGUCCUCAUCCAGCUCUGUGUCUUUAUCCCUGAGCCAAAUUUCAACACCCAGACAAACCCUGUCCUUCUCAGCUGCCAGUACCCCGAUUGGCAGAACAAGUGAUGAAAACGUCACAACGUACGACGUCUCGCGGCUCGCAUCAGCUCAAGAGCAGUAUCACCUGAGGCAGCGCAGAGGAAGCACCAUCAGAGCUACAACUGCUGUGGAUGGACAGUGGGAGCAACGCUCCAGCCAGAGCUCAUCAAACAUCAACGGAGAAGCCAGCUUUUCGAAGUCCAACACUUCGGUCCCUAAUGGUUACAUUUGCAAAGAUUGCUCGUUUCACUCUCAGCAAAGUGACUCCCGUGUGACGGGGCCAUCAUUGACAUCGGUAUCAUUAUCAUCAUCCUGCCAAGCAGCAGAACUUUCCACCGAUGGCCUCACCUCCGUAUCUUCACCUUACACAAAUAUUUAUACCAGAGACAGGAGUCGAAGAAACAAGUCAGGUGUCCUGAUGUCAAUAUCUAACUCAUGUGUGCGCUACAGCAAAAAAGCCCUGUCCCCCAUUGUGUCCUUAGUUUCCAUGGUCUACAGCAGUUUGGUCUGGCUGGGUACAAGAACCAGGAACUCAGUAGAAAAAGGGGUGUCAACAGAUGUGUCAACAGGAGUCCAAACCUCGUACUCAGACUCCUUGACACAAGCGUGGCCCUCGAGUUUGUCCAAACUUUGGCAGUUUAAGCAGACCACUCUCCACAGGAUGAUGGGCUCCAAAGGUCAUGGCUUUGAAGAACAAGGCCACUCAAGUUUUUGUGGAAGCAUGAAUGUGAAGGACCUGGUCACUGAAGAAACAUCACAUCUUAACCUCAAUGGUUCCCUCUGUGACGACUGUAAAGGAAAGCAGUACUCUGAGUCUCGCACUGUCGCCACCGUUACACCGCUCUCCAAGUCACAGCGCUUGGUGGGGGCGCUGUGGAGAAUCCUAGCUUACACAGGUUUCUAUCUGCUGCUGCCUGGUCGCUGUGUGCUUGCAGCAGGUAAAGCUUUAGGUUCAGGAAUCAUCACAGGAACACAAAGCCUUCUCUCAUGCUUCUGGGCGAUCCUAGCAGCCCCAGUAAAAGCUGGAAAGGGACUGAUGUGGUUUCUUGCAAGAGGAUGGUACCAACUGGUGUCUCUCAUGUCUCUCGUCAACGUCUUCUUUCUAACUCGAUGCUUUCCCAAACUCUGGAAGCUCCUGUGGCCUCUUUUUCUCCUCUUACUACUUCUGUUUUUCUGGUGGUGGCUCCCGUUCACUGGUGCCCUACUUACCUACCUUCCAGCCAUAAACCUCACAGAGUGGAGCUCUACAUCUAGGUUUGACUUCUUCUCUAACUUGGCUGCUGUUCCUGCUGCUGGCCCUGCAACAGAGACUCCCAUGGAGCAAGCUCAUAACACUCCGGUCUCCCAAGCAACACCAAUCCUUCCCCCAGCCCCCAUCCACAGUGGCGUGGAUCUGGACCGCCUCGAACUUGUUGAGCGACAGCUGGCCUUGUUGUGGGCGAAAGUCCAGGCGGGAGACCAGAAGCACGAUCAGCGUCACAGCAAUAUUCUCGGUCUCUACAGCUUGCUGAGAGAGCAGGUCCACAGUCAGAACGAAAGGGAGAGCUUCGAACUGUGGGUGUCCUCUAUGAUGGAGCAGCGACUGGGUGUGCUGCGAGGAGAACUGCAGCGUGAGAACUUAAACAUAGCACAGAGUUCAGAGCAGCAAAAACGGCAACAGGAAAGUCAGGCAGCACGUCUGGCUAAUUUAGAGCUUCUGCUCAGAGCUUUGGCAACCAAGACUGAGGAGAUGCAGCAGAAGCAACAGCAGUUUGAGGAUGAGGCAAAGCAACGGGAGAACGCUGCUUCUAAAUCGGCUGCAGGCACGGCUCCUGUCAGUGUGGGUGUGAAGCAGGAGGACCAUAAUGCUCUAUUGCUGGAGAUGCAGAGACUUGAGGAAGAGCUGAGUAAAAUCAGGGGAGACCUGCAGGGUUUUGCAGGAUGUAAGGGGAAAUGCGAGCAGCUGAACACUCUGCAGCAGACUAUAUCUGGUCAAGUGUCCUCGCAGUUGCGGAAGGAGUUGAAAAAUCUGUUCUUCGGCAGCGAUGAAUCAGCGGACCAGCAGCAGAGUGAGAUCCCUGAGUCGCUGAUCAAAUGGCUGUCGCAGCGUUACGUGAGCACGCCCGACCUGCAGGCAGCGCUGGCCUCCAUUGAGAUGAGCAUCCUGAAAAACAUUUCGCUUCAGCUGGAGCGCAGUCGAGCUCAGGUUCUGGGCGAGGCAGAGUCCAGAACCAGAAGCGUCUUUGAGACAGUAAGAGGGACAGUCCGGCACACUUCUACAACUGAGGGCCUGUCUGAAGAGGACGUGAAUCUGAUUGUUCAGAACGCCCUGAAGCUCUACUCUCAGGACCGGACGGGUCAGGUGGACUACGCCCUGGAGUCUGGAGGUGGUAGCAUCCUUAGCACACGCUGCUCCGAGACUUAUGAGACAAAGACAGCCCUCAUGAGUCUGUUUGGCCUUCCACUCUGGUACUUCUCUCAGUCUCCACGUGUUGUAAUCCAGCCGGAUGUGUAUCCUGGCAACUGCUGGGCAUUUAAAGGCUCUCAAGGUUAUCUGGUGAUCAGGCUCUCCCUGAGGAUUCGUCCAACAUCCUUCUGUGUGGAGCACAUCCCUAAGACGCUCUCUCCAACUGGAAACAUCGCCAGUGCUCCUCGCAACUUCACUGUCUUUGGUCUCGAUGAUGAGUACCAAGAAGAGGGAACGCUGCUGGGGCACUACACAUACGAGGAAGAUGGCGAGUCUUUGCAGAUCUUCCCCGUUAAGGAGGAAAACGACAAGGCGUUCCAGAUCGUAGAGGUGCGGGUUCUAUCUAACUGGGGUCAUCCAGAAUACACUUGCUUAUAUCGCUUCAGGGUCCACGGAGAACCACUUCAGGAAUGAAGCAACCACCAAAAGACACACUAAUAAAUCAUCAUUUUACUCUGUCUGUAAAUAACUCUCACCAGCUUCUUUAAAACAAAGGACACCUGACAGUGUGGACAGUUUGGUAUGAAAGCCAUGCAAACAGAGAGGUUGUGGAGUGUGAAAGCAAUGUGCCGAGUUGGAAGCAGGAAAGUAUGUUUAUGAAAUCCUGGAAGAGUCGCUGGGAAGUUUUGUAUCUGGACUGUAAAGGAGCGCAGAGAGGAGUGGAACCACAAAAGAAGCUAAAAGUCCCCUUUUCAUUGCACUGAGUUGCUCUUGAGGGUAGAGAGGCUUCCCUGAGCAGACAAAUACAUCCCCACCUCUACAGGAAGGUGGACACCUUCACUGGGGCGGGGAUGACAGACUCAUCUCAACCACAUUUUCAAUAUGCAUCUGAUUUGUUUUAGUUCUUUUCUGUUUUUUAAUCUUUCUAUUCUUAGGAACAAGACCACUCUGUCUUUGCCAGGUAUGUCACUCCUUUAGUUGCUGCAAGUCCACAGAUGGGUUCCGAAUGCUUUCCCAUAGCCAUAAGAGUUGUUUUUAAAGAACUGAACAUGCUGCCUGUGGACAAGUUCUGAAUGUUUGAUUAAGUGCAGGCUCAACGCAAGUUUCCUUUAAUCAUACAGCAACGCUAUAAAACACUGACCUCUAUGCGAUGUAACCUUUAGGAGGCUCCUUACUACGCUAAAUGUAGGAAAUCAUGCCAACAUGUGGCUCCUCCUCUGAAACAUACACUGAUUUUACAUCCAUCAUGUACAAUGCCUUGCAAAAGCAUUCUUAUUUUAUUUAUUUAUUUAUUUUUACAUUUUAUCACAUUACAACCACAAACUCCAGUGAGUUUUUUUGGGGGGGAGGGUGAGGGUGUUAGCUGAUAGACGCAGACAUGCUGAAUAUGUCAUGGUGAAGUAGAAAGAAAGAUAUAUAGUCUUCACAUUUUCACAAAUAAAACUCCAAAAGUAAAGUGUGCAUUUGUAUUAGAAGCUCUGAGUAAUUACUUAAUUGGACCACCUUUUGCUGCAAUUACCACUGCAAGUCCUCUGAGGAUGCUUUUCUUCCAGCUUCGCACAUUUAUAGACUAAAUUCUUUUCAAAACAGCCCAAGGUCAGUCAGAUUUUAAGAGAAGCAUCUGUGAACAUCAAUCUUUAAGUUUAAUGACAUCUUAGGGUUGAACUUCUCACAGCCUCUAAUUGUUUUGUUUUUUCUCACUGUGUUGAACUCAAUCCUACUUAUCUAUUCUUUGCAGCUUUCCUGUCCCUGCUGAAGAAAGGAGCUGCCACCACCAGAUUUUACCGUGGUAACUGUGUUCAUGAUGAUUGGCAGUGCUAGUUUUACGUCACAGAUAGAAUUUUUCUGUAGACCAAAUAGUUCAGAUUCGGUCUUGCUUGUGGCAAAUACCUCAAUGAUUUCUUUCACCAGUGGUUUUAUCUGGUCUCUCUUUUGUAGAAUAGUUUUGGUUUAAACAGUGACUACCUGGAGCUCCUCCACAGUUAGCAUGGGCCUCUUGGCUGCUUCUCUUUUUUUAUGCUGUUCUUGCCUGCCUUACUGGUUUAGAUGAAUGACCAUGUCUUAAUAAAUACCCAAGUUUAAGAUUCUCCACAACUUCAUUUCUGACCUCUCUGUGGGGUUCUAGGUCAUGAUGUUUAUGUCUAGCAACUUCUGACACCUUGACAGUUGGAUAUAAAGUAUAUUGAUACUGAAUUACACUAUGUUGAAUUGUUUUUCGCAGCGAGAUGUCGUCUGGAAGGAGUUGGUUGCACAGGAUUUUAUGUUGGAUGAAUCAGAGUAAAGGAAAUUAAAUACUAGGAAUUUCAGGAAUAACUGUUUUUGUGAUUGGGGUGGAGAUUCAUUCUCCAGCACGGGUUAGAUCACUACUAUCAUAGUCAGUUCUCAAUGGUCAGCACUUUACUUGUUUUUAAUAUCUCCCUGGAUCAAAUGCAUCUGUGGAUGACAUGCUGCAGAACUCAUUCAGCCUUUUGAUUCAAGUGUGUUGAAGCAGGGACACUUCUAAAACUUGUGCAGUGCCAGCUCUUGAGAAUUGGAUUUUGACGUGUCAGGUUAGGCGAAAAUAUAUUUAUGUGUUAGAACAGCCCAGUAAAAGUUCAGACCUAAUUCUAAUUCAGAAUCUGUGGCAAUACCAUACCAUACCAUACCAGCUUUAUUUUUUCAAUACUUGAAAAGCAAUGUUUACAGACGCUCUUUCCAACCUGACGGAACUUGAGCAGUUUUGUAAAAAUAAAUAAAUAAAUAAAAAAAUGGCAGACAUUUGUGAUUAGAUGUGCAAAGCAGUUAGACACAUACUCUAAAACCGUCGCAGGAAAAGAGUCAAAAUUUUGACUCCGGGGUUGAAUAAAUAUACAGAUCACAGUACUAUAAAUUUAUUUGUAAAACAUUUGGAAGCCAUGGAUCCAUUUCCACUUCUUGGUGUUGGUAAAUCCACUGAAGUUUGUGGUUGUGAGAUGACAAAAUGUUAAAUUUGAGGAACAUGAAAACGUUUAUGUGGCACUGUAUAUGAAAGUGUUGUUAAAUCUGGUGCCUGGAGCUCAAAUCCUCCCCAAAAUUGCAAGAUCAUGUUUGCCAUAGACUGGUUUUUAUCUUUUUCUCUCUCACCCUUUACUUCACCUAAAUUUCCCUUUUCACAUGGGCUCUUAGAACUCUAAAACCCUGAAGGAAUGUAAUUUGUAUAUUUCAUUGUUUAUAGUUGCUCUUUUUAUGAUAUCUACUUUUAUCAGUGUUGCUUUAUUAAGACAAAUCCAGUCAUAAUUAUUAUCAUGUUACUAUUUUUAAAAUUUCUCAUUGUGUUUGCUUUCUUUUUGUUUUAAUUUGGGGGAUUAUUCACAACACAGGAUGCACUGCAACAACUUGUAAGACGAAGGUUUGUGGCACGGGGUGUUUUUGUUAAAAAUGGGGCUAUGUAAAGAGUUGUGGGUUGAGUAGGUCUAAAAUACUAUUUGUAAAAACGUUUUGCUCACAAUCUUAUUUAUUAACAAGUUAUUAGUGGCUGCAUAUUAUGAGUUUUCGCAGUGUAUAUUUUAUUAAAAGCUGUUCAGUGCAUUUUGGAAAUCUUUUUUUUUUUUAAGAUAAAUGGCUAUUUUUGUUCAGUCAUGAGAUGACUUAAUUGCUUUGGAAUAUUUUCCAAUAAAGACUUUAAUUUUGAUCUUUUA